ACCAUAAAGUCCACCUACCUACCUAAAUUAAGUAAGUACAACAACCCACAAGAGUCCUCACGUUGCACGGCUCAAUGUAAGAUUCUGCGUUAGUGGAUUUACUGCGCCUGCUGUUGUUUCUUACUUGGUCAGCCCGUCUGCUAUGUGAAGGAUGUUGAUGCUGGGAUGUCUACUGCUGAUUCUGAGCUCUUUCAGUGGGUCACUUUGUCUAUUUUCUGCCAACCUGCCCUCAGAGGUGAAAGCUCUAAAUGGCUCCUGCCUGUUGAUUCCUUGUACCUUCAAUUCCACUGUGUUGAUCUCACAGCCCGUUGUUGUCUGGAGAAUAAAUGAAUCAUCUGGUGUGGAAGUCUUUAAUGGGAGCCAACCAUUAGCUAACUGGAGAAACCUUAGCAUCAGUGUUAUUGGAGUCCUGACACAGAGGAACUGCACGAUGUUCAUGGCAAAUAUCACAUUUCAGCACCAAGGAUUGUUUUAUUUGAGCAUUGAAGACAAUGGAAAUCACCAGAGAUACAACGCCACUAAUCCAGUUAGAAUUUCUGUAACAGACAGACCGACGCUGACCCAAUGGAAUACAAUAAGGGAGAACUCAACGGGCAUUCUGACCUGCAAGGCUCCAUUGAUGUGUAGCUAUCAGCCUCCAACUCUGAUGUGGAGCAACACACUGAACGGGACGUUACAUCAAUACGUGGAACCUGGAACGAAAUCAGUCAUUUCAAACCUGUCUUUCACGGCUCUGUAUGUGUACGACGAGAUGAACGUCACCUGCACGCUGCAGUACUUGGUGGGAGCUGAUAACCGAAGCGCUGGGCAGAGCCUGACACUUAGCGUCCACUAUCAUCCAAGGGGCACCACGGCUUCAAUUAAUCCUUCUGGUAAAAUACUGCUGGCCAUGUCUGUGACACUGACCUGCACCUCCAGGGCAAACCCGGCCAGCAACUACACCUGGUAUAAAGUGAACGGGACCACCGUCUCCACGUUAGGCUCUGAGCAGAAUCUGACCUUGCCAGCGGUGACUCUGCAGGCCCGAGGGGUCUUCUUCUGCCAGGGGAGCAAUUAUUUGGGCAAAGAGAACUCCUCAGCUGUCACUCUGGAGGUGGAUUGUCUCCCCAUUAACGACACGCCAGCUCCAUACAUCAUCAUUGGAAUUGAAGCCAUCCUGAUAGCAGCGCUCACAAGUAUCCUCGUCUAUACGUUGACAAGGUGCUCAGCACUGAGGGCAGCUGGUGACACAGAUGUCCUGAAGCCCCCUUAUCUGCACAAGGUCAUCUUCAGAAAUGACAAGAUGGCCGGAGUAGUCGUCGUUGGACUUCUGAUGUUACGGCUUCUACAAGCUGCACUUUGUGAAGACCCCUCGAUUUCACUGCCCAGGGAUAUUGAAGCUCUGGAUGGCUCCUGUGUCUUCAUUCCGUGUUCAUUUAAAGAAGACCAUCAAUGUUGUACAAAUCAGAUUGGAGUGUGGAUAAGUAACGAUCCAUGGAAAGGAAAUGAGGUGUUCAGAAAAGACACUUCAAGUGACACCUGGAAAAAUGUCAGGGUGACAAUCGGUGAUGUGAAUGUGAGAAACUGCAGCACACAGCUGGACAGAGUUGGACCUCAGCAAGAAGGGACGUAUUACUUUAGGACUGAAGGAAAGUUAAAAAAAACAUUUAAUAAAAACGCUGUUAGCAUUAAAGUCACAGAUAAGCCACUGAUCACUCCAGUUGUCCCAGUAGUGGAGGGCACAGCCACCAGUCUGACCUGCUCUGCCCCAUCUUCUUGUCCCAGUGACCCCCCAGUUCUGACCUGGAGUGACACACUGAAUGGGGCAAAAACUGAGGAGUCCAAGGGGGAAAAGGGAGCCAAAGUCACUUCUGUCCUGCGUUUUACUGCGUCACACGUCCACCACAGCAAGACGGUCACCUGCACAGCGAGCAGCCGAGGACAACGCUGGACCAACACGGUCACUCUGAAUGUCACUUAUUCUCCAAAAAACACCAUAAUUACAGGCCUUCUUAUCCAGAACAUACCAGAGGGGGGCGCUGUGACUCUGAGCUGCACCUCCAAUGCAAACCCCCCCAGCAGCUACGGGUGGUAUCAUCAGAGAGGAUCGUCUAUGACCAGGAGAGCAUCUGGACAGGAGCUGACCAUCAGAAAAGUGACCCUCAGUGAUGGUGGGCUCUACUACUGUGAGAUGAAGAACCAACAUGGAGGGAAAAACUCGACAGCAGUGACCCUCAAUGUCCAAUAUUCUCCAAGAAACACCUCCAUAUCUGGUCAUCCUGUUCACAACAUACCAGAGGGGGGCGCUGUGACUCUGAGCUGCACCUCCAAUGCAAACCCCCCCAGCAGCUACAGCUGGUAUCAUCAGAGGGGAUCAUCUGUGACCAGGAGAGGCUCUGGACAGGAGCUGACCAUCACAAAAGUGACCCUCGGUGAUGGUGGGCUCUACUACUGUGAGGCGAAGAACCAACAUGGAGGGGAGAACUCGACUGCCGUGACUGUCAAUGUGCAAUCUGCACCUUUCUCCACUGUUCAUCUCGUGAGUCUCGGCCUCGGGUCGGCUCUGCUGCUGCUUCUUCUCCUGGUCUGGUGUUUUAACAAGAAAGUAAAAAUGAACAAGAGAGCCAAACAAGGACAAGAAGAACCAGAUGGGAGCCAACAGAAUUCCUGUACAGAGACUGACCAAAGAGGAGCAGGAAGGACUGAAAUUGAACUUGCCAGCCCUGAAGAACAUGGCGUUCUUUACACUUCUAUUAACUUCACUAAAAAGAAAAAGAAACAGAAACAAGAGAGUGAUGAUGUGUAUUGUAACACAUCCACAAACCGUUCAAACAACGAUAUCAUAUACGCUACUGUUAAACGUUAAACACAAUGGAGAAGCUCUGCAGUGUAAGUUUAGAAUAAUGUUUUAAAAUCAGUUACUUAACACCAAAUAUGGCAACCAACAACAAAUGUUAAAGCUGAACAUCCCACAUAUUUGGCCAUCAAGAGUCUUCUUAAUUGAAACACAAAAUGUCUGAACUCCUAUGUACUCCUCCCAUUGUCCAUUGUGUCCAGCAGGGCACCCAGGCUCCAUGGAGAGUAUUCUUGUAGACCUCCAGCCAUACUACGGUAGAUGUAUACUCUCCCCUGUAAUCACAUUUGAGGCAUUAAGACAAGAAAUUAUGGCACUAAAUAAACUUAAACUAUAAACCUGCCUUUAAAGGAAGCUAUCACUCUCAUCCACACAUGAUCAGCUGAAGGAAGCCCAUAGGAAAAUAUGAAGUCAAGUCAAUAAUUAUCUUUGUUGGUUCAUCAGAAUCUCGGUAUGGACUUGCUCAAUCUUGUCGUUGGUAGUGGAUGUGAACAAGUGUACCGCUCUUUCUUCAUGCUUAAUGUUUGUCUGGCCAUUUCUGAGCUUCUUAAUCCAUUCACAAACACUCCACCAUGGUAAAACACUGUCUUCAUAUUGAAGACUUAAGCAUACCUUAAGUUCAUAAAAGGAGGAUUUCUGCUUACUGCUCUGCCUUUGGUGGAAACAGAGAGCAGAGUGACCCUUUGUACAAACUGACUGAUCAAGAUCACAGACACACUGUGUUUCCACAUCUGCUCAGGAAAGCUACACAGCCAACCAAAACAAACCUAUCACAAAAGUGUGCGUAAUCGUUGACUUACCUUUGUACAUUUGACUUAAAGGUCUUCAGUGGGAUCUUCAGCUAUUUUACGUCCAUCUUGAGGGGAGAUGGAGUGAUCUUCCAAAGAGAUGGACGUCAGGGAAUGCCUUCUAUUUGUCCAUACUUUCUGAUUCAUUAGAUUAUUUCACUUAUGUUAUACACUUAAAGCUGACCCUUGUUGCAUUUUACACUAACAAGUAGACCAUUACAA